GGAAGACAAAAGGGGAAAGUCUGACAGUCCGAACGUAAUCUACUUCCCCUAUCGACGUCAGUAUCAACCACACUUGCUCACGAUAUAGAACAAAACUAACCGAAAAUCAGUGUAGUUGGUAGGAUCUUCAGUGUGCCAUUGUAUAUCAACACAAGUGUAUUGCAACGUGAUUCUCGUCCGCUAUGCACAAUUGAGUAAACAAUUGGCAGUUAGCAAGAAGAAGCGCGUCUUGUACGCCAGUUUUACAACGCACACAGCUUAAUUGCGAAGGAUUCAGUGCGUGGACGAAUGGAAACGCCACUAACGGCAGAAGCCGGAAACAAUAGAGCCCUUGCAACGGGAACUACAAAUGGUGCAUCGCUCGAUUCAAGGCGUUUGCAAGAUGCGGCUAACAGUUCGUCGUACAUUACUGUCUAUAAUAAUCAGACUCUAAGAAGACUACUAGUCCUUUCAGUUUCUGCUAUUCUGUGUGAGAUUAUUCAAUUCAUUUGCCAAGUUUGUUUGAUCAUGCAAUCAAGGCGGCUGUCAAUAUCGGCCAUCAGCGCUGUCCUCGUCAUCUGGACGCUGUUGGCUUUGACGCUAACUGCCCAGUGGAUUCUUCUACUAGGCAGCAACCGAGUGGCAAUUGUAAAAAAAGGAAAGAUGCUGAUUUGUGGAUGCCAAGGUCUUGGGGUUCUCAGUUUAUUAGCUUCAGUAGCUCUUCUGUCGGUUCAGAGCGAAGGCAACAAAUGGACAGAAGAUAAUACCAAAUGGCUCGUCGGGGCAAUGGUCGGUACCAAUUGCAUGAAUGUUAUUACUUUCUGUGUGCUAUUCGUCUUCAUCGUUCGAGGACAGAAAAACGUUCAUCAAGUUAUAGGAUCGUGGCUUUGGGCGGCUAUCCAGCAACACAUGCAGCAACAACUGAUAACAGCGGAAAGUGGGAGCGAUUUAAUUAAAGAGCAUUUACAAGCAGCCUACGACGCGGAAGAAUUGUCGUUUUCAGCAGAAGCGGCAUAAGCCUCAAAAUGGAUCGCAAUUGCGUCAACUCGA